GCUUGGACGGAUCUUAUUAGACAUUUGAGAAGGGCGGGCCUUUAUGUGUGCUGCUACAGGGAUACCAAGAUGGAAAUCCAGGGGCUUGCUGAUGCCCAAAACACUCACUAUCAACAUGGCGUCCCACGUAGAACAGGUUUGUCUCCUACGAGAUCAACGAGAGGGACAUGUUCUAGCACAAUUUCGAACAAGAACGAAGUGGGAACGAUUUCAGAGGCUUCUAAAGCGCACAGCGACAACAACAACAACAGGCCGAGGACAUCUCCAUUUCGCCUACUGGCAGAAAAUGGCAGCGAUCUCUGUCUGCCUGUACCCACUAUGUCAAAUGGGAAGAAUAUUAGCAUGCUACACCAUUCAAAAAACAACGCGGGGAACAGUGGGCAUCAUAACGUAACAACAGAGACUUGCUUUGGUGGCCUACAAUCUGCUUCCGACUUGGAGAAGGGUGUUUCGAAAUACGAAUCAGACAAGGAUCGCUCAUUGCAAAUGGCGCUACCGCUCUUUGACGGGGAAGAUGGCCACUCUGACCAUUCACAACAGUCUCAGCAGCUAACGUUAAACAAGAGUUUACGACAGCAACAUCUAGACGGCGCCACCCUUCAGCAGUCUCUGGUAAGCGAAAAUACGGUGACACCGAGGAGCAGCAAUGAAAGCGUAUCCAACCCCAAAAGCGAGGAUUUCUAUGUGGUUUUCGGUGCCGUGCACGAAGGAGAUGUAAACAAGGCCGAGAGAAACCAGGCAGCCUCUUGUUUGAGUAAAGAUGGACGGGUGAACGGUAAGGCCCCUGAGUCUUCUGAAAUCAAGGUGUUUAGUUCAAUGGAGGUGCAUAGCACACCGCUACUCUUAGAACCGGAUGACGAGUUGAACAAUGUUAUUAGCCGGACUCUGAAUUCACAAACCACUCCUUUAUCAGAUGUAGGUUUCAUCAGUGCGCCUGAACGAGUGUUAGAAUGUAAUGCAACUGAUGGAACCAGACGGGGAACCUGUCUUGAGGCCGAGAAUAGCAAAAAUGUUUUGUCCAACGAAUAUGGCGUGAGAGCUAGUCACAACGAUACCUCCCGGGGUGGAAUAAUUUCUCAGAAUGACUUGACGCCCACAGAGCUAGCUUCGAAUGAGCUGUCAUCUCAAUCAGAUGCAAAGGCUAGCUCGGCAAUGAUAACAACAAACGAAGACAUUAUGAAUUCGGUAGAGAUGCCCGAAGCUAGCAGCAACACAGAGUACAUGUCCGACUUCACGGAUUUGUCGGAAGCACCCGCCUGUGUUGAUAACCGGGCCUCAAGUGGCGUUGCUGCUACGGCGUCCCACGAAACAUUCUCAGGCACAAUCAUGAUCAACAAUCAAAGCAUCAUAGUCACCAUCGAGAAUGGGGUUUUGACCUUAGCUGCACCACCAGAGGGGUACGCUUACAAAGACGACGGCAUGGUCAGCUUGAAGGAACACCUUGGCAUGAAGGACCACGAAGACAUCGUUCUUCUGAACUACGACAGCGGCACCAAGUCGAUAGGCAAGAUCAGCAACGUUGCGGUGACCAGUGGCCAGCAGGACGAGACCAAACCAGGCUUGCCCGUCAGCGACUCGGAGCUCAACCUCGCCGACGACUGCUCCCUGUCAGAAAUCGGCGCAACCUUGGACUCCAUCAAGCAGGAAGACGUGCGCUUCUGCGGCCUGGAUGAGGGGGACUCUCUCGGAGGAGACCACCACCAUCAUUCCUCCAAGACCGCCACCACUACCGCUGCCACUGGGCCAGGCGAAGGGGAAGCCCUACAUGCCGUGAGCGGCAGUCUGGGUAGCCUGAUGGGCGGAAUGUCCAAGAAGGCCGCGCUGGUCACCUACUGUUGCCCGCAGCCUGGCUGCCCCGACAGCUUCGACACGCGACAGAAGCUGAAGCUGCACCUGCUGAAUCACACAGAGGACCAGCGGCCCUUCAAGUGCACGGUGGAGGGCUGCGGCUGGUCCUUCACCACCUCCUACAAGCUGAAGAGGCACCUGCAGUCCCACGAUAAGCUGAGACCCUACCGCUGCGAGUGGGAGGGCUGCGGCCGACGCUUCACCACUGUCUACAAUCUUAAGGCACACGCCAAAGCCCAUGACCGUGAGAAUGCCUUCGCCUGUGAGGUGUGCAGCGAGCGAUUCCGCAGCGCCACAAGGCUCACCAACCACCAGCGCACACACUUCGAGCCAGAGAGGCCGUACAAGUGCGAGUUUCCUGGCUGCGAGAAAACCUUCAUCACCUUCAGUGCCCUGUUCUCCCACAAUCGAACCCACUUCCGAGAGACGGGCCAGUUCACCUGCACUUUCCCCGGCUGUGACAAGCGCUACGACAAGGCCUGCCGACUCAAGAUCCACCUGCGCAGCCACACAGGUGAGCGGCCAUUUGUGUGCGACUCUGAGGCGUGUGGUUGGACCUUCACUAGCAUGUCCAAGCUGCUGAGGCACAAAAGGAAGCAUGAUGAUGAUCGGCGCUUCACCUGCCCGGAGGAGGGCUGUGGCAAGUCCUUCACCCGGGCAGAGCACUUGAAGGGACACAGCAUCACGCACCUGGGCACCAAGCCCUUCGAGUGCCACGUGGAAGGGUGCAAUGCCAAGUUCUCGGCGCGCAGCAGUCUGUACAUCCACUCUAAGAAGCACCGCCAGGACGGGGCCUGCCUGCGCAGCCGAUGCCCCGUAGCCGGCUGCACCAAGCACUUCUCCUCACGCAGCUCCCUCAAGAGCCACAUGCUCAAGCACCACAACCUCAGCGCCGAUGUGUUGAGCCAGCUCGAGACUACAACCGCCACCCUGACCCCCAGCAGCGAGCUGACCAGCGGGCCCCAAACCACGGGCCCCAGCGUGGGUCACCCAGGGGCCGACCUGCCCAGCCUGGACCUCACCUCCCUCUUCUCCAGCGUGCCUGGUGGGGUCACCACGGCGGCUAGCUCGGCGGGCUCCAGCGUGGUAGGGGGGGGGCACCCAGGCUCCACCCCCACCCCCACCACCGCCACCUUCACCAUGGACAUGUCCUUGGUCAGCAGCGGCAUCCUCACCAUCGACCCGGGCUCCGUGGGCGCCGCGCUGGGCACCACCAAGCCCGGCGUGGACCCGCUCAUCCUGGCGGCCGCCGGGGAUAUGGCCGCCCACGUUUUGGACGGGGUGCCUGCGGGAGUGCUGCCGCAAGGAGCGCUGAACCUGGACGACGUGCAGACGGUGAACCCGGAGGCGCUGGGCUCUCUGACGGCGCUGAGCAUCCAGGGAUCGGUCAUGGGAGCGGCUUCGGAGCAGCUCCACCACCACCACCACCACCAGCAGGCGCUCACCUCCUCCACCUCGCUGGUGGCGGCCUCCCCUGAGCCGCCUUCCGUCUCCUCCUCCUCCUCCUCCUCUUCAUUGGCCUCUCCCGCCUCCCUGUCCUCCUCCUCCGCUCUCACCACCUCCUCGCACCUCACGCCCACCCUCACCGCAGCCGCCACCGCCGCCAUGGCUGUCACUGACCUCCUCUCCCCCGCGGCAUCGGCAACGCAGCAGCAGCAGCACCCAACGGUGGACGGAGGAGUGGUAGCUCAGGCCAUGAUAAGCCCUCUGCUCAGCGGAGGAGGAGGAGGAGGAGAAUCGGGAGGAGAGGUGGUGGAGGUGCUGGGGCAGGCGGACGGCAAGGGAAUGGCCCAGUUUGUCUUUGCUGCCCAGUGCCACGGCGCCCCCUAUGGAGGUCAGAAGGACACCGAGCUGGCCAACGUCGCACCCAGCUCCUUUCUGGAGAGCAGUGGCUCGGCGCGGACAGACUACCGUGCCAUCCAGCUGGCUAAGAAGAGGAAGCAGAAGACCCCUGCGGGCUCUGCAGGUGGCGGUCUGCGGAAGAGUAAAGGUGCCAAAGGUGGUGGCGGUGGCGCGGGGGCCGUAGCCAUGGCCUCGUCCAGCGCCCGCUUCGGGGACGCAGCCGCCUCUGCCAGCGCAGGGGGGCUCACCAUCAGGGACCCAGUGACGGGCGCACAGUACGUGCAGAUCCAGCUGCUGCAGGAUGACCCUGCCAGUGAUGGAGACCUGGCUUUCCAGCUGAGCUCUCAGACAUCCAGUUCCCAUUCGCAGCUGACUGUAGAUCUGCCAGUCAACAUCCUCCAGGAACCCACGGCCAUGGCAGAGGAUGAUAACGGCUCAGACAACUCUCAGUUCACAGGAAGCACCAUCAACCUACAGGACCUGGAGUGAGCACUGGAUACAGGACUCACACCUGCCGACCGAAUUAUGCGGACCAAGAAUUCGGCACACACACACACACACACUCGCUCUCUUUCUCUCACACACAAACUCUCUCUUUGUCUUUCUCUCUCUGUCUUUCUCUCUCUGUCUCUCUCUCUCUCUCUCUCUCUCUCACUCUCUCUCUCCGAGGCAGCCAUCUUGGACUAGACUGGGCCAACAAUGGACUGGAAGCCUUGGUGUGGCCUGUCAAGUUUUUUGAUUCCAAAGGAACACUUUCUGAACUUUUACAUUUCCCUUCUGUUUGUUCUCUUCGCCCUUCUUUGUACAGCCCUUUUGUAUUUCUGAUGACUUCAAAAAAGUAAUUCAAAGUUUUCAAAUGGGGGGAAAUGACGCACCUUGGGAAGGAUUUGCCAUUGAAAUGAGAGAAUGGGGAGUAAUUUCUUUGUUUAAUUAUUUUUAAAUUACGGUUCACAGUGUGUAUUGAGGACUGCCUGCCUGGUAACCUUGUGCCUCUUUCCCACUGCCGGUUUUCUGGUAGGACUACAGCUCAAAACCACGCGACUUGGCCGCCACUUUUUGCUUUACGAUUGAGCCGUGUCGUUUCUAUUCGAAAAGCAAAAACUGGCAGCCGAGUUGUGCUGUGUUGAGCUGUAGGCCUACCAGAAAACCGGCAGUGAAAAAGAGACAUUGGUUACCUGAAAGUUGACCUCUGACCUUUCUUAGAUGAAUUGCGAAAGACAUCAGACAGCCAGACACAUCACCAUCUUCGGUAACACUUUAAUUGACGCCGGCGUCAUAUGUAUGACACAACGGUGCCAUAACGUUGUCAUAAUACAGUCAUGCAUGUGUCAUGAAUAUUAUGUCAAUGUCAUAAACAUUGUAUGACUUUGUCUUUCAGUGAAAAUCGGUUAUGACAAAGACGGGCCCAACAAUGUCAACUUUCCAUGGCCAUAAAACGUCUAUGACAUUGGCAUUGUGUUUAUAACUCGUUCAUGACACUGUUAUGUCAUACGUAUGACGCCGGCGUCAAGUAACGUGUAAGCCCAUCUUCCUUCAGUGCAAUGUGAGAGGUCAUGGCACUUCUGUCAAACUCAUUUUUAUUUUUGUUAUUACGAUUUAUUUGAUUUUUUUGCUAUAGUUUAUUUUGGGUCGUGCCAUUUUGGCAUCUUGUGGCCCGAGUGCGUAAUGCCUUUCACCUGCCGUCUAAGCUUUGCAACAAUGCCUUACUUGCGUAUAUAAGCAAAAACCAUGAAAUCCAUGAAGAUGCUCGAGGCUCUGUUUUUUUUCGGUGAUGCUUUUCUGUUACUUGACAUUUAUUUUUGUACUCUUCAUGUCUGAGGUAAAGACUUAAAUCAUGUAUGUUCCCCUGUUUAUAAGAGAAAAAACUGAAAUGUUUUUGUUUUGGUUUUAUAUCUGUAAUGUAAGAAAUGAACCGUCAUCUUGUUAUUUAUUAGGUUGGGUUUACAAGAAUACGCAAUCAAGUUGAAUUAAAGGUUUCAGUACCUAUAAAAAGUUCAAGUGUUUAAUUUUACUGAACAUGAGUGU